AUGUCGUCAGAUGUUAGGGACGUCGACGAACAAGUUUCGCAGAGCUCGGACCCGAGCUCUGCCGCCCAGUCCAUUGGACAGCAUCCGUAUCGCGGCUUCGACAGCGAAGCCGCAGAAAGGGUGCAUGAGUUGGCCAGGACGCUCACAUCGCAGAGCUUACUGCACUCUACCAACUCAAACAAUGCUGACCAGAACAGCUCCUCCAGCAACCACAACGCACACAAUGCGGACUCGAGGUCCGUUUUUUCCACGGACAUGGAAGGUGUGAACCCGAUCUUCACCAACCCGGACACCCCGGGGUACAAUCCCAAAUUGGACCCUACCAGUGACCAAUUCUCCAGUACAGCAUGGGUACAGAACAUGGCCAACAUAUCUACGUCGGACCCGGACUUCUACAAGCCGUACUCGCUCGGGUGCGUGUGGAGGAACCUCAGUGCCUCCGGGGACUCCGCGGAUGUGUCGUACCAGUCCACCUUUGUCAAUGUCAUACCAAAGCUGCUUAUGAAAGGGCUCAGGCUUCUGAAGCGCGGCAAAGAGGAGGACACUUUCCAGAUCUUGAAACCCAUGGAUGGCUGUCUUUACCCUGGUGAACUGUUGGUCGUCCUCGGAAGACCGGGGUCCGGUUGUACUACGCUGCUGAAAUCCAUAUCCUCCAAUUCGCACGGGUUCAAAAUCUCGAAGGACUCUGUAGUCUCUUACAACGGCUUGUCCAGUUCGGAUAUUAGGAAGCACUACCGUGGCGAAGUCGUGUACAAUGCGGAGUCGGAUAUUCAUUUGCCGCAUCUUACCGUGUACCAGACGCUUUUCACCGUGGCAAGAAUGAAAACACCGCAGAACCGUAUCAAGGGCGUGGAUAGAGAAUCAUACGCGAAUCACGUGACAGAGGUCGCGAUGGCCACCUAUGGUCUCUCACAUACAAGAGACACCAAAGUGGGGAACGACUUGGUCAGAGGUGUCUCCGGUGGUGAAAGAAAGCGUGUUUCCAUUGCCGAAGUCUCGAUCUGUGGCGCCAGAUUCCAAUGUUGGGAUAAUGCUACCAGAGGCUUGGAUUCUGCUACCGCUUUGGAAUUUAUCCGUGCUUUGAAGACUCAAGCCGAUAUCGGUAAGACUGCGGCAACUGUAGCCAUCUACCAAUGUUCUCAAGACGCGUAUGAUCUUUUCGACAAGGUCUGCGUCCUUGACGAUGGUUACCAACUUUAUUUUGGGCCCGCCAAGGAUGCAAAGAAAUAUUUCCAAGAUAUGGGGUACCAUUGCCCCCCCAGACAAACCACUGCGGAUUUCUUGACUUCGAUCACGAGCCCCUCAGAAAGAAUCAUCAGCAAAGAGUUCAUCGAAAAAGGCAUCAAAGUGCCCCAAACGGCAAAGGAUAUGGCUGAACACUGGCUACAGUCAGAAGACUACAGAAAGCUAGUAAAGAACAUAGAUACCACUUUGGAGCAGAACACGGAUGAAGUACGCGACAUCAUCAAAAAUGCUCACCACGCCAAACAGUCGAAAAGAGCACCUCCUUCCUCCCCCUACGUUGUCAACUAUGGCAUGCAAGUCAAAUACUUGUUGAUUAGAAAUUUCUGGAGAAUGAAACAAAGUGCCAGUAUCACUCUGUGGCAAGUCAUUGGUAAUUCCGUCAUGGCUUUCAUCUUGGGUUCCAUGUUCUAUAAAGUGAUGAAGAAAAACGACACUUCCACUUUCUACUUCCGUGGUGCUGCAAUGUUUUUCGCCAUCUUGUUUAACGCAUUUUCAUGUCUUUUGGAAAUCUUCAGUUUAUAUGAAACAAGACCAAUAACUGAAAAGCACAGAACCUAUUCGUUAUAUCACCCGAGCGCAGACGCAUUUGCGUCUGUCUUAUCUGAAAUGCCCCCCAAACUGAUCACUGCUGUUUGCUUCAACAUCAUCUUUUAUUUCCUGGUUGAUUUCAGGAGAAAUGGUGGUGUUUUCUUUUUUUAUUUUUUGAUUAAUGUCAUCGCCACGUUCACUCUAUCGCAUUUAUUUAGGUGUGUCGGUUCAUUGACGAAGACCUUGCAAGAGGCCAUGGUACCUGCUUCGAUGUUGCUGUUAGCCAUUGCCAUGUACACAGGGUUUGCCAUCCCCAGAACCAAAAUUUUAGGUUGGUCCAUUUGGAUUUGGUACAUCAAUCCAUUGGCCUACCUUUUCGAAUCUUUGAUGGUCAAUGAAUUCCAUGACCGUAAGUUUGCCUGUGCACAAUACAUUCCGGCUGGCCCUGGUUAUCAGAAUAUCACUGGUACGCAACAUGUUUGUUCCGCUGUAGGUGCUUAUCCAGGUAAUAGUUAUGUUUUAGGUGAUGAUUUCUUAAAGGAAAGUUACGAUUAUGAACAUAAGCACAAGUGGCGUGGGUUCGGUGUCGGUAUGGCGUAUGUCGUUUUCUUCUUCUUCGUUUAUUUAAUUCUUUGUGAGUAUAACGAAGGUGCUAAACAAAAGGGUGAAAUGGUGGUGUUUUUAAGAUCCAAGGUCAAGCAAUUGAAAAAAGAGGGUAAACUUCAAGAAAAACACCAGCAGCCUAAAGAUAUUGAAAAUAAUGCGGGAAGUUCUCCAGACACCGCUACCACGGAGAAAAAAUUACUAGAUGAUAGCUCUGAAAGGUCCGACAGUUCUUCGGCCAAUGCUGGAUUAGCUCUUUCCAAAUCAGAAGCAAUUUUCCACUGGCGUGAUUUAUGCUACGAUGUUCCAGUGAAAGGCGGGGAAAGACGUAUUUUGAACAACGUUAAUGGCUGGGUGAAGCCGGGCACCUUAACUGCCUUAAUGGGCGCUUCUGGUGCAGGCAAAACAACUUUAUUGGAUUGUUUGGCUGAAAGGGUCACCAUGGGUGUCAUAACGGGUGGCAUAUUUGUCGAUGGUCGUCUGCGUGACGAAUCGUUCCCAAGAUCUAUUGGUUACUGCCAGCAGCAAGAUUUACAUCUGAAAACAGCUACAGUAAGAGAAUCUCUGAGAUUUUCUGCUUACUUGCGUCAACCUUCAUCCGUAUCCGUCGAAGAGAAAAAUAAAUAUGUGGAAGAAGUCAUAAAAAUUCUGGAAAUGGAAAAGUAUUCUGACGCAGUUGUCGGUAUUGCUGGUGAAGGUUUGAACGUCGAGCAAAGGAAAAGAUUAACUAUUGGUGUCGAGCUGGCAGCCAGGCCUAAACUAUUGGUGUUUUUGGAUGAACCAACGUCCGGUCUAGAUUCUCAAACCGCUUGGGAUACCUGUCAGUUGAUGAGAAAAUUGGCUACCCACGGCCAAGCUAUUCUGUGUACUAUUCAUCAACCUUCUGCUAUCUUAAUGCAACAGUUUGAUAGAUUACUAUUUUUGCAAAGGGGUGGCCAGACUGUUUACUUUGGUGAUUUGGGGGAAGGUUGUAAAACUAUGAUUGAUUAUUUUGAAAGCAAAGGUGCUCAUAAGUGUCCACCUGAUGCUAAUCCUGCUGAAUGGAUGUUGGAAGUCGUAGGUGCUGCACCUGGCUCACAUGCUAGUCAAGAUUAUUAUGAAGUAUGGAAAAACUCACAUGAAUACAAGGCUAUUCAGGAAGAGCUAGAUUGGAUGGAAAAGAACUUACCAGACAAGUCAAAAGAACUCAACUCAGAGGAACAUAAACCGUUUGCUGCAUCCCUUAAUUAUCAAUUCAAGAUGGUCACCAUUCGCUUGUUUCAACAAUACUGGAGAUCGCCCGAUUAUCUAUGGUCUAAGUUUGUUUUGACUAUUUUCAAUCAAGUUUUCAUUGGGUUCACCUUUUUCAAGGCUGACAGAAGUCUACAAGGAUUACAAAACCAAAUGUUGUCAAUAUUCAUGUACACAGUUAUCUUCAAUCCAAUAUUACAGCAAUAUUUGCCAUCUUUCGUCCAGCAAAGAGAUUUAUAUGAAGCGAGAGAACGUCCUUCAAGAACAUUUUCGUGGAUGGCAUUUUUUUUCUCUCAAGUCGUCGUUGAAAUCCCUUGGAAUAUUUUAGCCGGUACGCUUGCUUACUGUAUCUACUAUUAUGCGGUUGGUUUUUAUGCAAAUGCCUCAGCUGCGGGUCAACUUCACGAGAGAGGGGCCUUGUUUUGGUUAUUUUCUAUUGCCUUUUACGUAUACAUUGGCUCUAUGGGUUUGUUAAUGAUUUCUUUCAACGAAGUUGCCGAAACAGCAGCUCAUAUGGGAUCGCUAUUGUUCACAAUGGCUUUGUCUUUCUGUGGUGUCAUGGCUACUCCUAGUGCCAUGCCGAGAUUUUGGAUUUUCAUGUAUAGAGUGUCACCAUUAACCUAUAUGAUUGACGCAUUAUUGGCUGUUGGUGUCGCCAAUGUCGACGUCAAAUGUUCAGAUUAUGAAAUGGUUAAAUUUUCUCCACCAUCUGGGGCGAACUGUGGCGAAUAUAUGGCAGAAUAUAUCAAAAUGGCCGGGACAGGUUAUUUAGGCGAUCCAUCUGCAACAGAUAUGUGCAGUUUCUGUGCGGUAUCUACCACUAAUGCCUUCUUAGCUACCGUCAGUUCUCAUUAUUAUAGAAGAUGGAGAAAUUACGGAAUUUUCAUUUGCUAUAUUGCUUUUGACUACAUCGCCGCAACAUUCUUCUACUGGUUAGCCAGAGUUCCUAAGAAUAGCGGUAAAAUUUCCGAAAAAUCCAAAAAAUAA